AACAAACGCAUUUCAUCAUCUUCCACCCAUUUCAUUCUCCACCGGCGCAAACCCUAAUCCGCGAAGAUGCAGAUCUUCGUGAAAACCCUAACCGGGAAGACAAUAACCCUCGAAGUUGAAUCUUCAGACACCAUCGACAAUGUGAAAGCCAAGAUCCAAGACAAAGAAGGAAUCCCACCGGACCAACAACGUCUCAUCUUCGCCGGAAAACAGCUGGAAGACGGCCGCACUCUCGCCGACUACAACAUCCAGAAGGAAUCCACUCUUCACCUUGUUCUCCGUCUCCGUGGUGGCGCGAAGAAGAGGAAGAAGAAGACCUACACUAAGCCAAAGAAGAUUAAGCAUAAGCAUAGGAAGGUGAAACUUGCGGUGUUGCAGUUUUAUAAGGUUGAUGAUUCUGGGAAGGUGCAGAGGCUGAGGAAGGAGUGUCCUAAUGCAGAGUGUGGUGCUGGAACGUUCAUGGCGAAUCACUUUGAUCGUCAUUAUUGUGGGAAGUGUGGUUUGACCUAUGUUUAUCAGAAAGCUGAUGCUUGAUUUUGGUUUAUGUUUUUGUCACUACCCUAGUAUUUUAAAUUUUGGAUAAUUUAUGACAAUUAUUGUUAUGACUGAAUGAAUGGUUUCAUUUUAAUACAUUAUUGUGUUACUUUAAUUUGAUAUUGUUAUUGCUGCGGAA